AUGAGUUUUCCUACAAGAUAUGAGUCUGUCCCCGGAUUCUUUGUUCAAGACGAUGCACAUGCAAUCGCAGUAGCGGUUCCACCGCGUCUUGGCUUGAAAGAUGCUUCAGAUGAUCGAUGGCCUAAAUUUCUGGCACUGGUUGAAAAGCUAAACGCCGAAAGCCCUCCUGAUGUCUCGUACAAGUUCUUCUUGCUUAUUCGUCACGGGCAAGGAUAUCAUAAUGUGGGAGAGGCAAAGUACGGUAGCGUAGACUGGGAUCUAAACUGGUCGAGGAUCAACGGGGACGAUGAAAUGACCUGGGGACCCGAUCCCCUCCUGACGCCUCUUGGAAAACAACAGGCGGCUGAUGUGCAAAGAGAAAUGGUCCUCGAGGCAGCUGCAGGGUUGCCUCCCCCCCAUAAACGUUAUUGCAGCCCAUUCUCACGCGCACUGGAUACUUGUGACAUAGCCUUCGCGGGGGUCUACGAGGAACACCCAUACCCCGUCCUUGUCGUCGAGGAUUGCAGGGAGGAAAAUGGUGUUCACACCUGUGACAAACGCAACACGCGCUCAUAUAUAGCCAACUAUAAACCCCAUUUCUUGAUAGAAGAGGGUCUUACAGAGUUGGAUGACCUUUGGGACCCCAACGUGCGUGAAACCAAAGAGGAGGUUUCGCUGCGCGCACGGUCAAUUAUAGAUAGGGUCUUUGCGAAUGAUACUGAAUCCUACUACAUCUCGAUUACAUCUCACAGUGGUUUCAUCACUGGAUUUUUGCAGGCAAUAGGGCGCGAGCGGUAUCCGCUCCCAACUGGAGGUAUAGUCCUCACUGCAGCAUCCAAUGUCUCCGGCGCUAAUACCCUCAACUCUUCUUCUACUAACAGGGGUCAUACCCGUUCUGGUUAA